AUUUCUGCGAGUGUAUAAGUGGAACAACUAGGAGCCAUGGCUUUGCUUCACUUGCUCCUCGGCGCCGGGAUGUUGUCCCUGUCCGUGUCUGGACGCUUUUUCCUGGGACCUUUACAUCCAGAGAUGUCCAACGGAACUUUCCACCAUUACUUCGUGCCGGACGGCGACUACGAGGACAACGACGACCCGGAGAAAUGUCAGAUGCUGUUCAAAAUGACGGACGAGCGAAAGUGCAGUCUGGACGAGGACCAGGACUCCGUCAUUCGGGACGACUUCACCAUCAUCAAGCGGCAGAUCGAGGACUCGGCGCGGGUGCUGGAGGGCAUCGGGAAGAGCAUCUCGUACGACCUGGACGGAGAGGACAGCUACGGGAAGUACCUGCGCAGGGAGACGACCCAGAUCGGCGAGGCGUUCACGAGCUCGGAAAAGUCCCUGCUGGAGCUGGAGGUGAAGUUCAAGCAGAGCCAGGAGAGCGAGCUGAGGGAGGAGCACCGGCUCAAUGAUGACUUUCUGAACAUGGUGGUCCACACGCGGGACGUCCUGAAGGAGACCGUGGACAUUUCUCUGGGUCUGAGGGACAAGCACGAGCUGCUGUCUCUCAUCAUCCGCAGCCACGGCACGAGGCUGAGUCGGCUGAAGAACGAGUACAUGAAGUUCUGAUUUAAAAAUAAGUCCCUGAACGUCUCAUUGCAGCACUGAGAAAAGUAGUUUUCAUAGUGCGGUGGUGGAGGGAAAGAAGUAGACUAAAUUAUAAAAUUAACCACAAAAAGGUCAGUUCUUUAUAAGGAAAAUUUUAUUCAUAUAUGACAGAGUUUAGGUGAUGUAAAAAAAGACAUUAAAUUGAUGAAAU